AUUAAAACAUGCUUUCUGUAAUAGAAAUUUUCCCUUAUUUAAACAAUCAAAUGGACUGUGCAAAAUCAGAUAAUGGUCAAUACAAGAAAUAAGGUUUCAUUGAAGGACUCGUAGUCUGUACCUGGAUAAAUCGAUUGGCUUAAUUUGAUUGAUUGAUACCCGGUGCAAACUUUCACGCUUACAGUUAGUUCUCAAGUAAAAGAAAGGUAACCUUUUCAAACGUAUCAGUAAACAUACGACGACCAUCUGUUUUCUUUCAAUACUAGAUGUUGCGCCUACGACUUUCAAGUCUUUGCCCAAGACAGAUGAAUGGUAUUAUCAAGAUGCUAGCAUAGUCAUUGAAUGUGAAGUUGAAAGCAGUCCUCCGAGUAAAAUGGAACUGUUUGUCAACAAUUCGUUAAUUCAAGAUAUUUCGGGAGAUAGUGGCAAAAUAACCUAUAAAUUUUCCCUACAAAAUUAUCAGGUCAGAUCCUAUGUUUGUAAAGCCACAAACAGAUUAGGAUCUUUACUGUCGCCUCCUGCUACUAUUAGAAUAGCUCCCCUCAUUUUCAUGUCUAAUGAUCGUAGGCAAGUCAGAACAAAAGAAGGAGAAUACAGAAUCAUUAAACGUCCAAUGAAGGAUCAUGAAUUUCUGAAACACUGGGAAUUUUCAUGGUAUCGAAUUCCAUCUGGUAUCUAUAAGUCGACCCGUCAAACUCUCGUAUUUGAACGUCCAGAUACAUAUGUGACCUUACAUGGCGAUUUAAUUCUCUUAAAUAUACCUCUGAACCACACUGGAGUAGAAUAUAUGGCAUCAGCUGUCAACGAAUACAAGAACGAAAAAACAACUACUCGAAGUAACACUUUUACUCUCAUUGUAGAAGAUAAUGAAAAUUUGAGUCCAACAUUGAAACCUGAAAUGUUGGUAAAACCCAAGAAUGUAUCGGCCAAAGUACUCGAAACCGUUUUUUUUGAGUGCGUUGGAAGUGCAAGACCUCUUAACCGGUUGAAAUAUCGUUGGUUUCGUGUGGUAAAUGGAAGGGAAAGAGAUAUACACAGUGGAUUUAAUAAUUUUAAGAGACUGCUACAAGUCACAAAGGUUGAUAGUAGUAAAGCGGGUGAAUACGGUUGUGAAAUCAGUUACGAAGGAGGUGGUAUUGAUUAUCCAUCGGUCAGACACACUGCUUGGCUGACCAUAUUAAAUGAAGUAUCCGAGAUUUUCCAUCCGUGGCGUGAUGAAGCAUAUGAUGGCGGUGACAAGCAAAUAACAUGCCAUCUCGAAAGAAAUGCCAAUCCAAAACCUGUGAUCAACUGGUACAAAGAUGCUGUUAUAAUACCAAAAACUAAUCAGCGAUAUCAAAUUAUUGAGGAGGGAUUUUUCUUAAAGAUUUCUACCGUAUCACCACAAGAUAAAGGAGUGUAUCAAUGCGUUGGUCAUAACGUUUUAGGUUAUGCCUACAGUGCAGUUUAUUUGGAUGUUAAAAGUGAACCGGCAAGAAUUGUUACCCCACCAACUAAUAAAACUGUCACAGAAAAGGAAUCAAUUUCCUUUUAUUGCGAAGCAUAUGGAGCUCCUAUACCAAAAAUUAGAUGGUUUAGAAAACGCAAAACUGCACCAGCGACAGAGGAGUUGACUUCCACUUCAGAACGAAUCGAGGUUUUGGGAAAUACUAUCAAGUUGAGAGAUACUGCUUUAGAUGAUAUGGGUACCUAUAUUUGCAACGCCUCCAACUCCAAAGGAUGGGAUACAAAGAGUACCUAUUUGAUAGUGUUUAAACGUACUAUCAUUAUCAAGCCACCCACAACUAAUAGAGUAAUUAAAGGAAAUGAAGCAAAUUUCCAAUGUGGUGCUAGCUAUGAUGAUAAUAUCCCAAAGCCGAGGUGGACUUGGUACUUUCGAACAUUGAGCACCGAUCCAUUUGAGAGGGUUGACAUAAAAGGCGUAUUUACAAUUAGUACAGAAGGAUCAUUGAUUAUAAAGCAUGUUGACACAAAGCAUGUCGGGAGUUACAAAUGUGAAGUUACCAGCAUUUCAGGAAAUGAAAGUAGGAUGGCAGAGCUGAUAGUUAUCGAAACUCCAACAUUAUCAAUAGAAAAAAUCGAACUUUUACAGGAAAAAUUUGUGAAUAUUUCUUGGAAGAUCAUUUUUGAUGGAAAUAGUCAAGUUCAAACUGUUUCAAUUCAAGCUCAACGAGUAUCUGAUAGAGGUGAAAACUAUCCAUGGGAACACUUAGUUCGAGAUGUUCCACCCUCCCCUAGCUGGUAUCAAAUAAGGAAUUUGAAGCCAGCUACUACUUACAAGUUUCAAGUAAGAGGAGUGAAUGGAGCCGGAGAAGGAGAAGGCUCCCGAGAGAGCAAGACGAUAACGUUACCUCAGCAGCCACCAUCAGAACCACCCCAGGCUGUAAGCGUUGAACCCAGAACUUCUACAGAAUUGAUUGUAGGUUGGGAAGCGCCUAAUAAGGAAGGAUUGAACGGCAAAUUAAAAGGAUAUAUUAUAAAAUAUCAGCUAAAAGGCUAUCAAGACUGGAAUCUAGAAAAUAUUACAAAAGUAAGCGAACAGAGGAAUCUUUAUUCUCUAGAUGGCCUUACUGUCUUUUCUACAUACAACAUUCAAAUUGCUGCUUACAACGAAAGAGGCGUUGGAGUAUAUAGCAAGAGUGUAUCUGCUAAAACGAAAGAGGGUACUCCUAGUAGACCACCAACAAUUUUGGAGUCAUCUAAAGCAAUAUCAUCAACAGCAAUUCGCCUUGAAUGGAAUCCCCCGCCCGUUCCAAACCAUCACGGUGUCAUUCUGGGCUAUUAUAUUGCUCUAUAUCCGAAGCCAGCCUCAGAUUAUGCUAGAUUUUUAAACAAAACAUACAUGAUACCACUAGAAUCUAGAUAUAGGAAUCAAUCUUAUACUGUAGCCAACUUGGCAAAAUUUACUUCUUAUGACAUAUCUAUAGCCGCAUUCACAAGCGGAGGUAUUGGCAUGGCGUCUGCUAAUAAAACUAUAGGAACCAAAGAAGACAUACCAGAUGCAGUUGAAAAUUUAUCCUUUAACUCUUUGUUGGAUACCUCGGUAAACAUUACGUGGAGUCCUCCUAAACGCAUAAAUGGCAUAUUAAUCGGCUACUUUAUUACUUAUCAACGGAAAGACUACAACUUAAGUCAAGAGUCAAAAAGGCUACCUCCAUCAACUCGAUCAUAUGAAAUAAGCAAAUUGCAAUCCCUAACAAGUUAUGUAAUAUCUAUACAAGCCCAGUCCAGAAAAGGCUUAGGUAUUAAGAGAAUAAUAGAAGCCAAAACGGGUGAACCACCAGAACUACCCAAGCCUCCUACAAUAUUAGGAAUCAGCGAUUUACAGGACCGAUCAGUCCAAAUAAAGUUUACCCCAGGUUUUGAUGGCUACACAUCAAUUAAUUUUUGGAUCGUUGAGGGUCAAAUAGAUGGUCGAGAAGAUAUGGACUUUUUCGUUAUUGAAAAGAUAUCGAGUCCAAAUUCUCAAGCCAUUACAGUAUUCAAUUUGUUACCUUUUACAAAAUACCGCCUAAGACUCUUGGCUGAAAACAUAAAAGGAAGCAGCAGCCCUUCACUUCCUACUCGGUGGUUCACAACUGAUCAGUCUAUUCCUUCGUCGUUUCCAACUGAAGUGACAGUAAGAGCAUUUAAUGAAACCUCCCUCACAAUCAGAUGGACUCCCCUUGACGAAAAGCAAUGGAACGGAGAUGAAAGGGGUUAUAAGAUUCAAUACGGCAUUAAUCGCACCUUCAACGAAAAGAUUGAAGUUAAAAACGACAACGCAAGUUUGUACACAAUACACAAUUUGAAACCUUGGACUGAAUAUGACGUGAGAAUUGCUGCUUUUAAUGCUAAAGGCGAUGGAAAAUAUAGCCCACAAGCUAGUGAAAGAACCUUCGAAUCGGUUCCGGGAAGGGGACCAUCCAAUGUUAAAGUGGUAGUUUUAAAUUCUACAACUAUCAUAGUUUCAUGGGGUGAUAUACCCAAGGGUGAAGAAAAUGGUUUAAUACUCGGUUUUAAAAUUAAAUACACCAAGGAGAGGGAAAGACGUAAACGAUCAGUAAAUAAAGGAACCGAUUUGGAUAUAUUGAAAGUUAAUAACCCAAAUGCUAGAUCUGCUUACAUAUACAAUCUUCACCCAUUCGUCUCCUACGAAGUUGCUGUAGCAGCUUUUACUCGAUUAGGUGACGGAGUGUAUAUGAAAUCUAAUUCUCCCGUCGAAACUUUUUCAGAUGUUCCGAGCAUUCCAAAGUGUUUGUAUUUCCCAACUGUUGACAUUGGCGGUAUAACUGCCCAAUGGUGUCCGCCUGAAUUUAAGAACGGCAAAGAUAUUAGCUAUAGUCUAAAAUAUCGUAAAUUGCAUUCUGGGAAUAGUGUCGAAUUUUCUGAGGAUGAGAUUAGAGGAACAUCUUAUGUGGCAAGGAAAGAAAUUGAUUCGUGGAAUGUUAUUUACGAGUUUCGCCUUUCGGCUAAAAACGAAAAUGGAACUGGUAAAGAAAUUUCGGCGAAAGUAACGGUUAGAGAAAAUAGAUUGAAACCCGUUGCUCCCCAAAAUCUUAGAAUUGAGGAUUCUCAGAUAAGAGCUUAUAGUUUGAGUCUAUUCUGGAGUUUUAAAAUGGUAGACUAUUAUGAACUAAGAAAUUACACUGUACAAUCCUGCCUCGUUGACAACUUUAAUGAGUGUGUAUGGAAAGAAGAAAAUAUUGAUAUAAAUCCCUCAGACACUAGGGCAGUUAUAAAUGGCCUAAAACCGGUUACCAAAUACAAAUUUCGAAUUGCCGCAAACAACGAUGUAGGGAGAAGUGUCUUUAGUAAGAGUACUGAAGCAAAAACAACAAGUCCAGCUCCACCGACUGCUCCUCCAAGUAAUAUUAUAGCUCAACCUUUCACUGAAAGUUCAGUAAGAGUUUCUUGGCUUGAUCCCCCAAAAACCGAAUGGAACUCUAACAGAAUAAGCUCUUACGUAGUUAAAUACGGUCCGUUGCAGUGGCCAACUUCGGAAGCUGGCUAUAAUCAACCUGUUGUUGAUAAUGCAAAAACUAUUGAAUUACAAAAUCUCAGAAAGCAUACACUUUACGAAAUUAGAGUCAGAGCUCGAAAUUCUAUGGGAGAUGGCCCAUGGUCACAGCCGAUAGAUAUUUAUGUAGGUGAAGCUAUUCCGAGCGAAAGUCCUUUGGAUUUAACAGCUGAGCCGAUUUCCUCGACUGAAAUUCAGCUAGCAUGGAAAGCACCUCCGAAACGAGGACAACAUGGUAAUAUUUUGGGCUAUAAGGUUCUCUAUUGGAUAGCUGCCCAAAAAGAUCGUACGGUUUUGGCAAUUAACGUUCCAUCAGCAACUCUUAGGGCUUCUCUAAAAAAUCUGGAGAUGUAUACUCUGUAUGAUAUAGCUGUAUUAGCUUUCAAUGCUGCUGGCGAAGGACCUCAAACCCCUCCGGUUACACAGCGUACUAAACAAGGCCUUCCUGGGAAGCCUGGAGAACUCAGUUUUAUAGUAACUUCUCUGUCAUCAUUAAACUUAUCAUGGACUCCGCCAGAAAAACCAAAUGGAGUUAUUGAAUUAUAUAAAAUACAAUACUCGCAAACUGGGUUAUUCGCCUAUGGCAAAGAAGUGAUCAACCAUGUUGACUAUAAGAAAACAAGUCACGAAGCAAAGGACCUUGAAGAAAAUAUUAACUAUAUUUUCAGUGUCCAAGCAAAGACAAAAGUUGGUUGGGGAGAAAAAAGAUCCAAAAACUUUACCAUUGGUCCCGUACCAGGAAGCCCUAAGCCUCCAUUUCAAUUAAAAUUGGACACAUUUGACACCUAUGCCAAUCUUCGUUGGUUUAAUGUACCAUUGAGUUCCGAACGAACCCUUUCUGGAUAUAUAAUCCAGAAACAAGAAUAUGGGAACAAGAAAUGGGAACAGUUUGAACGUCUAACAAUUACAAACAGUGAUAUGAUCGCUAAACCGAUUGUAAAAAUACCUUUCUACAGCCUCAACCCGAAAACCGAUUAUGUAUUUCGCGUAUUUGCUCUCAACAAAAUUGGAAUAUCUUCCGCUAGUGAAGCAUCUCCCAUUUUGCAAACUCCUGAUUUUAAAACCGAAGAAUUCUAUAAACAAUGGUGGUUUGCUGCUAUUAUCUCAUUAGUUGCUCUUAUCCUGAUUAUACUCAUUGUCACUAUUCUCUGCUUUACCGGUCGAAGGAGUAGACGAUUGAAAAAGAAGCACGCAGACAUGAUGCCUACAGCGGUCAUAUCACCAACAUCAAUGACGUCUAUGGCCACCGUUAUGACCAAUUGUGACAGAGAAGAUGAAGAUGGUUUCGGUACAAUAAAUUCUAGGCGAUCGAUAAGAUCAAGACAUUCUGAGAGGUCAAGAAAGGGGGCUCGCAACGGCCACCCAGGCUAUAUACGUAGUCCGCCUAGACCAUCACCGGCAGCUGUAAACUAUGAUGAUGAUGACGACAGCUGCCGUAAAUCACAAAUUGAAGAUGAUCGUAGUAGUUUAGCCAAACGCUCAAUUAGUUCAGAUGAAAAUUCGUGUGGAAAAGCAUCCACCUUAAGCGAUUUUAGUGAGAAAAAUGUGGAUGAUGAAUUUCCACCUCCCUUUACAAGUGCAGUCAAUAUGAAUAGAAAAAGCUGGAAUGGGUCUGCUCAAAAAUACAAAUCACCGCCCAAUAUUCCGCCACCGUUACCGCCAAAUCAUCCGAGAAAUAACUUAAAUCAAAAUAAUAUUAACCAAGCGGCGUCCUCAUCUUCAAUUUACAAUUACACGGAUAGUGAACCGUCCGAAUCUCCUUACGCAAUUUCUCUGAAUGCUGGCCAUGUUGUUAUGAGUAACAAGGCUGGAUCCCGAGCCCCUUUACCCGGUUUUUCAUCUUUCGUCUGA